AUGGCGCCCCGCAGUUACUCGAAGACCUACAAGGUCCCACGGCGUCCCUUCGAAUCCGCCCGUCUCGACUCCGAGUUGAAGAUCGUCGGCGAGUAUGGGCUCCGCAACAAGCGCGAGGUGUGGCGUGUGCAGCUCCAGCUGUCCAAGAUCCGUCGUGCCGCUCGUCAGCUCCUCACCCUCGAAGAGAAGGACCCAAAGCGUUUGUUCGAAGGCAAUGCCCUCAUUCGCCGUCUGGUCCGUGUCGGUGUGCUUGACGAGUCCCGCAUGAAGCUUGAUUACGUGCUGGCCCUGAAGACCGAGGACUUCUUGGAGCGUCGUCUGCAGACUUGCGUCUACAAGCUCGGCCUCGCCAAGUCCAUCCACCACGCUCGUGUGCUCAUUCGCCAGCGCCACAUCCGCGUUGGCAAGCAGAUCGUCAAUGUCCCAUCCUUCAUCGUCCGUCUCGACUCGCAGAAGCACAUCGACUUCGCGCUCACGUCGCCGUUCGGAGGCGGGCGUACCGGCCGUGUCAGGAGGAAGAAGGCCAAGGCUGCGGAGGCCAAGGAGGAGGGUGGUGACGAUGCUGAGGAGGAAGAGGAGUAG